AUGGCGGAAUCACACGCGCUUCCGGGUGCCUCGCUGCCCCUCGCGGAGCUCUGGGACUACGAUGACGUGGCAGUCGAGAACUCUCAAAAACACCCUGUCUCGUCCGCGUCUUUCUUGAGUGCAUUCCCUCUCAAUCACGCCCCUCCUGCGCUUCUCCGCGCUUGUAUUGCCCACCUCACGCCUUCCCCGCCCCUCCUCCCCAAUGCCUCUCGCUGGACGCCCGCGCUCUUUUCCGCGCGCCUGCAAUUCUCUCCGCGCGCUUUGCUUUUGCGCACAUCUGUUCCCCCGUAUCUCUCCGCACCCGCCUAUCCGCACCCAGCUUCCGAUACGCUCUGGUCGGAAAAAGUCGCGCAGGUGCUAUCGCUCCCCGCAACCGCCGCAAAGUCCGCACUCCCGCUAAAGUCACACUCCUCAAAGGCAGCAUCAGCAGCUCAAUGGGCUUCCCCCGAAACGCCGCAACCGCCGCCACACGCCGCUCAACAGCGUGGGGCGACUGAAAGUGAAGCGCAGCGGGUUUACGCAGAUACUGGUGUUUGCUUUGCUAGCAACGUCGCGCCGUUGCUGCCGUUCUCCCCGGUGUUACUGGCUCCGCCAGUAGCGCCCUCGCCAGGAUCUGCCUCCCCCGGUCGGCCCUCCCCCGCGCUGCACCACCUGAUUUCUGGCUCCCCGCAGAACGGCUACAAUCGCGUACGGCGCCACUGCAGGCACCACCUCCGCACGGAUGAUAAAAAAAGCAGCUGCGCCCGUAACACCAAUAAUCCUACUAGCGGUAGUGGUUGUUGUCAUGGAAAGAAUUUGGUCUUGCCACGACUCGGCAUGAGGCACGGAGAGGAGCAAGAGCAGCACAGGCACAGCCACCUUCCCCUGAUUGUCCCGAAAGGUUCCUGGAAGGAGGUCUACCGCGGGCUCGUGGAGCUGGAUCGCGAGUGGAAGGUUCCUCCGCAGCUUCCUCUGCAGGCGGUGGGGAGCUCGAGCGAGGAGGAGGGGUGGGGCGCCGAGUGGACUCUCCGAGACGACUUCUUCUGGUUCAGUCAGCCAUUCCCCCGGCUGCAGGAGGCGCGGGAGUCGCUCACCUUCCGCCUGGACCUGCCCCUGUGCCUCGUCACGGGGGUGGAGAUCGUUUCCGGGCAGGAUAUCUGGAACGCCGUCUGCCCAAACUUCCUCCAGGCCCCUCUCUCCCCGCCCAACCCCACCCCCCCCUCCUCUCCCUUCGAAUACCUCUGCACGAGGUCGAAGUGGGGUUCUCCCCUUCCUCCUUCCCCUUCUCCUCCGCCUCCUUCCCGCUGUCCCCCGCGCCCAUCUCCCACCUGCUCCGCCUCCCUCCAUCCGCGCUCGCCCUGGGCAACCACGUGCGCCUGCUGCUCUCAGGCUCCCCCUGGGCGGAAGGUUGGGCGGAAGCCGGAGGGGAAGGCGGGGGGAAAGGCGGAGGGGGGGGCUAUGACGGGGGAUGGCGGGAAGGGGGUGCAGGAAGGGGGAGUAAAGGGAGGAGAAAGGGGGAGGAAGGGGAAGGUAAACGUGAAGGUACUUGCAAUGAUGGCUGCUUGA